AGGAUAAGGCAUCUGCAGAACUAUAAAAUGAGGUCUCUAGAAACCAAAAGCCUCAGAAAAUCAUCAUGAAGUACAUCCUCCUUCUCUCCAUCCUCGGACUCGCUGCGGCCUUUCCAUUUGAUGAUGAUAAGAUCGUAGGCGGUUACACCUGCCCUCAGAACUCUGUCUCUUACCAGGUGUCCCUGAACUCUGGUUACCAUUUCUGUGGAGGGUCCCUGAUUAACGAUUUGUGGGUCGUCUCUGCUGCUCACUGCUACAAAUCGAGAAUCCAAGUCAGACUGGGAGAACAUAACAUUGAGGUGCAGGAAGGAACAGAGCAGUUUAUUGACUCUGCAAAGAUCAUUCGCCACCCAAAUUAUAACUCAUAUCUCCUGGACAAUGAUAUCAUGCUGAUCAAGCUAUCUGAGCCAGCAAGGCUGAGUGGGAGAAUCCAGUCCAUCAGCCUCCCCACCCAAUGUGCUGAUGCCGGCACCAUGUGUCUUAUUUCUGGUUGGGGAAACACCUUAAGCAGUGGUGUGAAUUACCCAGACCUUCUGCAAUGUCUUGAUGCACCUAUCCUAACUGACAAGGAAUGCCGCGACUCCUAUCCAGGCCAAAUCACCAGUAACAUGAUUUGUGUUGGAUACCUGGAGGGUGGCAAAGACUCCUGCCAGGGUGAUUCCGGUGGUCCAGUUGUCUGUAACGGAGAACUGCAGGGUGUGGUGUCCUGGGGUAUUGGAUGUGCCCUGUCUGGCUAUCCUGGAGUUUACACUAAGGUGUGCAACUAUGUGUCCUGGAUCGAGGAGACCAUCGCUAAGUAUUAAACUUAACAACUGCGGAAAUGACCUGAGUCCUGGAGUAUUAGGAGAUGUCAAUAAACAAGCAAAUACAGA